AUGCGUCAAGGUUAUUAUUCUCAUCUUCCGCCGAGCCUUCUUGGAUUGCUUGCCUCGGUGCUACUGGCCCCCACAAGCGCUUCUCCCGCACCCGAUCCGGACUCUGUCAAUGUCCAGACCAUCACCGUAACCGCUCCGCCGAGCAUCCCCUCAACAGCCCCGCAGUUGACAGACACCGCGCUCUUCACCUCCGCCAUCCUGAACAGUACGAAUGUCUUCCGGAGUCAGCACAACGCCUCCGCCGUGACGUGGAACACCACCCUCUCGGCAUUCGCGUCCUCAUACCUCGCGUCCAUGGGACCCGGGUCCCCGGACUCGGGCUCAGAGUGCGACUUCGCCCACUCCGGCGGCCCGUACGGCGAGAACCUGGCGCUGGGCUGCGACGAGGUGACGGGCGAGGAGACGGGCCACUUCACGCAGCUGGUGUGGAAGAACACCACGGCCGUGGGCUGCGGGAGCCGCUUGUGCGGCACGAGGGGGUGGUAUAUUGUGUGUGAGUACUGGCCGCGCGGGAAUAUCAUUGGCCAAUUCGGAGAGCAGGUCGGGCGGCAGUAG